AAAAAAAGCAAAUCAGCAUCAAAAAAGUUUCUCAGAUUUCCCAAAAAGAAAAAAAAGCUUAGAAGAAAGAAAAUGGCGGAUCAGCUGACCGAUGACCAGAUCUCAGAGUUCAAGGAAGCCUUCAGCCUCUUCGAUAAGGAUGGAGAUGGUUGCAUCACCACCAAGGAGCUUGGAACCGUGAUGAGGUCUCUGGGGCAAAACCCAACAGAAGCUGAGCUCCAAGACAUGAUCAACGAAGUCGAUGCUGACGGGAACGGGACCAUUGACUUCCCUGAGUUCCUGAACCUGAUGGCGAGGAAAAUGAAGGACACUGAUUCGGAGGAAGAGCUCAAGGAAGCCUUCAGGGUUUUCGAUAAAGAUCAGAAUGGUUUCAUCUCUGCAGCUGAGCUUCGUCACGUGAUGACUAACCUUGGGGAGAAGCUGACCGAUGAGGAAGUUGAUGAGAUGAUCCGAGAGGCUGAUGUUGAUGGUGAUGGUCAGAUCAACUAUGAUGAGUUCGUCAAAGUCAUGAUGGCUAAGUGAUCUCAUUCCCAACCCGAUUUAUGAUGUCUUUGCUUUGGUUAGUGUUAUUUGAUGUAUGAACUCGUGUUUUGCGUAUCCUUUGACAAUUUGAUGUUCUCUCGUUUUUAUUAUUGUUUGUUUUCGACUCUGUUAUUUGAUUCUCUUCAGUG